AUUCUAAUUUUCUUCACAGCCAGCUACGAAUUUUUUGGGCUCUCGAUCUUCACGGCUUUCUCUUUCGAUCUAUCGUCUUCUACCUCCCCCCAAAAAUUAGGUUUCUUACGUCUUCCCCCUUCUCGACCUGCUCCUCUUCUCUCUCGCACUUUCUUCUUCUUCUUCUUCUCUGCAAUUCUUAGAUUCACUAGGGUUUACAGAUCUAUCCAGCUCCUGCUUCCACCUCUGCUAAAUCUCUUCCUUCUCCGUUAAUCUCUUCGCCAUGUUUUGGAAGCUCACAACUCUCUCCACCUCCUCUCCCGUGGAGUUAGUUCUAGACAAAGAAAAUUUCACUUUGGAAGAGCUACUGGAUGAGGAAGAAAUAAUCCAAGAGUGCAAAGCUUUAAAUAGUCGACUCAUCAAUUUUCUUCGUGAUAGAGCUCAAGUGGAGCAGUUAUUGCAGUAUAUUGUUGAAGAACCUCCAGAAGAUGCCGAUACCAAACGGACCUUCAAGUUCCCAUUCAUUGCCUGUGAGAUAUUGACGUGUGAAAUUGAUGUAAUCCUUAAAACUUUAGUGGAGGAGGAAGAGUUAAUGAACUUACUUUUCUCCUUCUUGGAACCAAAUCGUCCUCAUAGUGCCUUGCUGGCUGGUUAUUUUAGCAAGGUUGUUGUUUGCCUUAUGUUACGGAAGACUGUCCCGCUUAUGAACUAUGUACAAGUGCAUCAGGAUGUAUUCAGCCAAUUGGUUGAUUUAAUAGGAAUAACAUCCAUCAUGGAGGUUUUAGUUCGACUAGUAGGAGCUGAUGAUCAUGUGUAUCCCAAUUUUAUCAAUGUGAUGCAAUGGCUGGCUGAUAGCAAUUUGUUAGAAAUGAUUGUGGAUAAAUUGAGUCCAUCUUGUCCUCCAGAAGUUCAUGCUAACACAUCAGAGACAUUAUGUGCAAUAACGCGAAAUGCACCUUCUGCCUUAGCCACUAAACUUUCCAGUCCAAGUUUUGUAGCAAGGAUAUUUGGUCAUGCAUUGGAGGAUUCACAUUCGAAAUCUGGCCUUGUAAACUCACUUUCAGUUUGUAUCUCAUUGUUGGAUCCAAAAAGAUCAGCAGUUGUUUCUCCAUUGAUGCAUUCAUUCAGGAAUCAACAUAUGUACGAGUCUCCAAUCCCUGUAAACUCAGAGACUGUCAGUGCAAUGCUGCCAAAACUUGGUGUCUUGCUUACGCUUCUGAACGUGUCGUCAGAUGAGAAGAUUUUGCCUACAACAUAUGGGGAAUUGAGACCACCUCUUGGCAAACAUCGCCUGAAGAUUGUGGAGUUCAUAGCAGUUCUGUUGAAAACUGGCAAUGAAACUGCAGAGAAUGAAUUGGUCAGCUCAGGAACCAUUCGACGGGUCCUUGAUCUCUUCUUCGAGUACCCAUACAAUAAUGCAUUACAUCACCAUGUAGAGAUUAUAAUACUUUCAUGCCUAGAAAGCAAGAAUGACAUGAUGGUCAAUCAUCUUCUUCAAGAAUGUGAUUUGAUUGGGAAAAUUCUCCAAACUGACAAGCAACCAAUUCUUUCUGGUGACUCUAAUCAGCCCACUUUGCCUGCUGCUGGAAAAUGUGCACCACGGGCUGGAAACAUUGGACACAUUACACGAAUUGCAAAUAAGCUUGUACAGGUGGCAAAUAGCAAUAACCAAAUCCAAACAUGUCUUCAGGAAAAUAGUGAAUGGAAUGGGUGGCAGUCUAGUGUUCUACAACAGCGAAAUGUUGUUGAAAAUGUUUAUAGAUGGGCUUGCGGUCGCCCAACAGCAUUACAAGAUAGAACAAGGGACAGUGAUGAGGAUGAUCUCCAUGACAGAGAUUAUGAUGUUGCUGCUCUAGCAAAUAACUUAAGCCAAGCUUUUAGAUACAAAAUAUAUGGGAGUGAUGAUGCUGAAGAGGACCAUGUAGCCCUCGAUCGAGAUGAUGAGGACGUUUACUUCGAUGAUGACUCUGCCGAGGUUGUCAUAUCAUCCCUAAGGCUGGGCGAUGACCAAGGAAGUCUCUUCACAAAUUCCAACUGGUUUGCAUUCCAAGAUGACAGAAUUGGUAAUGCACCUGUGAGUACGUCCCCAUCAGAGAUGAUGGAUGAGAUAAACUUGAACAGCAAUGCAAAUGGUAGUAACAGUAGUAGUGAUGAUGAGGUGGUUGUUGGGGAGGAUGAUGAAUUGACUGAAGGUAAGCAUUCUGUCAAUUGCACAUCCACUUCCAAUGCGAUGGGUGGAUUUCUUGCCAGUGAUUCUGUGAAUGCUGGAGACUUAAAUCCGCAAACAGGGAAGGCAAAUGCCCCUAAUGAUUUGGGAUUCUUUAAGUUUGACACAACAGAUAAUGAAGCCUUGUUUGGAGAUAGGCCUUUACCAGAAUGGGUUGGGUGGGGGGAACCAUCAGGUCUGCAAGUAGGUGGAUCAAGCAAGAAUCCAUUUCUUGAUAAUGAUAUGUCCGAUGUCAAUUUACCCAGUCAUGCUGAGACAGUGGUCCACGAUGUUAACUUCCCUUCAAAUGGAGAAUCCAUACUUCCAAAUGGUUCCCCAACCUCCAUGGAUUCCAGUGAUAGUUCAGUGAGCAGUGAUUCAGGCCAGAGAUCUCCCCCAGUACCUUCUUUGUUUGACGAGGAUGUUGAAUUUGUUGGUGUGGAAUUAGAAGGCACGGAAAAGGCAAUGGAACAAGCUCUCAAGGAGGGGAUAGUUGGGGAAGCGGGGCCAUUGAAGAGGAACAUUGCUCCAAAGGUAGGUGAAAAGGAGAAUUCUGAAGAUGGUGGGGCUGGACUGAAGGAGUUCAAUGAUGCAAACUAUUGGAGGGUUGAUCAAGAGGUAGCAGUUUUGGAGUGAUGGUGGAAAGCUGGAUCUGGCAAAUCGCAAUUCAGUUUUGGUCGGGAGAAAGGGCACAACACAUGCACCUGUCACAUGUACAGUAUAUUUUUGUUUCAGAAUGGGAUGGAAGGGAACGGUGGGCUACGUUAUGGUUAUCUGUUCAUUAGUUGUUUUUGUUACACUUAAAUUUCAUCAAUGCAGGAUUAAGCAUUCUUACAUUUUAAUUUGUAUGUGUAAUAUGGAUUUUGAACUCUUAUCUUCAUUUUGAUAGAAAACUGACUUGCUAAUAAUUUUUCUUCUGUGCA